CACAUCCUAUUUUGUUUGGAAGUGUUUUCUGAUCUGCCAUUCAAAUUUUGAUGACUCCUUCAAAUUUAAUUUUAAUCUGUUGCUUAUUAAUUAGUAUGAAUUAAUUAGCAUUGCCAUCACUUUUCAAGUAAAAACAACAUUCUCAGCAUUGUUUUCUUUCUAGCUGCUUGUAGUUAAAAAUUGAUAACAAACAAAGAGAAUUUGCUGACAACUCCAAUAGAGCUCAAUGCAUGCUUGUUGUUAUCAUCCAAACAUCCUAUUUCAAAUAGUCAUGGAGGUGGAAAUGAUUAAAAAGCUAUAAAAUAUUGAUGCUUCACUGAAUCUUUAGUUCAUUUUGUUUCUGGUUCAUCACAGAAGCUAAUCGUCUUAGCUGAAAGAAAAAGUGAACUAGUUUUGAGUGAAAAAUGAGAUUUUUCAUCGCCCUUCUUGCAUUUGCGAUCAUCGCCAUCUCAUCAGCUGAUAAAGGCUUCGUCUUGCGAUCAUUAAACACCUAUAAGACAUACGAUUUUGGUCGUCAAUAUGCAGCUCUUGUCUACAGAUGCAUGAUUCCACGUGAAACCUUCUUUGUUGAAGGCAUCAAUGCCACAUACUGGGAUGGCAAAGGACCAGAUGAUGUUGAGGUUCUUCACAUUGUUCACCAAACUGUGACACGACUUCCAAGAAAAUUCUUUGAUUUUUACAAGAACAUUAAUCAUAUUCAUAUCAUUGGAUCAGGUUUGGAGACACUUGAAGGUGAGCAAUUAGACGCUCGCAUCCGUUACCUUCAUUUGGAUGAAAAUGUUAUCAGAGUUGUCCCAAAAACAUUCUUUGAACGCUCACAAGAAUUAAUGUUGUUGUCAAUGGAAAGAAACAGAAUCGAAACUUUGGAUGCUGAUUUAUUUGUCACGAUGCCAAAGCUCCGUUGGGUCUCAUUCGCUGGCAACAGAAUUCGUACCUUGCCAGGUACAAUAUUCCGUGUCAAUACAGUCAUUGAAUGCCUCUCAUUCGAAAACAAUGGACUCGUCAACAUCGGAAUUGAAUUAGUCAGAGGACUUGAGAAGCUUAAAGGAGUCAGUUUCGAUGGCAAUGUCUGCAUCAACUCAGCAUACUCAAAGGAAUCAAACGCUCGUGAUUUGUUGACAAAAGAAUUCACAGCAAACUGCGCUGGACGUUGUGGACAAGCAGCACUUGAAUCACAAAACUCAAUCAGCAGUCUUAGAGACAGAAUCCAUGAAUUGGAACGUGAAGCACCAAAGUGUGCUGAAGAGAUGAAAAAGUCAAGAACUAUUGAUAAUCAUGAAUCAUCAGAAUCUGAAUCCGAUGAGGAUGAUGACAGCAAUGUUCCAGCUGGAAAACUUUGUCCACAUGCUCAAUACAAGCCAUUUAUGUAAGAUUUUGGUAGAACUUUGAGAAUUU